AGUGAAAUUUUGGUCAGAGGCUUAUCAGUGCGUCGCCGGUAGCUUCUAGAAUAGGGUGUUUGAAAAUAUUCGUGGUUUUGCAACAAUCAUGUCCGCUCGGGUUCUCACGGUGAUGUUGAACAAUGGCCGAAUGAUGCCGGCUAUCGGCUUGGGUACAUCGAUGUCCAAAGGGGACGAAUGCGUGGUGGCAGUGAAGGCGGCAAUCGAUGUGGGAUUCCGCCACAUUGAUACCGCUUACUUCUAUCGCAAUGAGGAAGCCGUGGGGCAGGCGAUACGCGCCAAGAUCGAAGAGGGAGUCGUCACGCGCGAUGAGCUGUUUGUUACUACUAAGCUAUGGAACACCUUCCACAAUCCCGAGCACGUAUCGCAAGCCUUGGAUAAAUCGUUGGAAUACUUGGGUCUGGACUACGUCGACCUUUUCCUCAUGCACAUGCCGUUCGGGUACAAAUUCAUCGGCUGGGACCCGGAAAAACGAAUGCCCUUCGAUGAGAACGGAGUGCUUCAAUUCUCCGACGUUGACUUCGUGGACACCUGGAAGGCGAUGGAAAAACUGCUGGAAACGGGAAAAGUUCGAAGCUUGGGCGUUUCCAACUUUAACAGCGAUCAGAUUGAGCGGAUUUUAGCGGAGUGUAAGGUCAAGCCUGUUACCAAUCAGGUCGAGUGCAGUCCGAGGAUCAACCAGAAGAAAUUGGUUGAAUUUUGCAAAGCCAGAGACAUAACCGUCACGGCUCAUAGUCCACUGGGGCGACCGCAUUUGUUCGAGAAAGAUCCGGAAAACAAACCGAAACCGGUGUUGGAUGAUCAGAAGAUAAUUGAAAUGGGAAUAAAGUAUGGAAAAACACCGGUUCAAAUCGUGUUAAGAUAUCUGGUGGAAAGUGGAGUGAUUCCGGUCCCGAAGUCAACAAGUGUAGAGCAUUUAAAACAAAAUUUAGAUAUUUUUGAUUUUGAAUUGUCAUCCGAGGAUAUGGAAGUACUCUACGGUUUCAAUACUAAUCAAAGAAUGGUUGGUUUCAGUCGCCUAGUAGGACACAAGUACUACCCAUUCAAUACUGAAUUUUAAUCUGACUCACUUACUCACUGUUUGAUAUCGGAAG